AUGGAGGAAGAAGAGUUCGAAAUCCUUCUCCCGGAGGAAUCUGAAGAAGGCGCAUCCCAGGAUCCUUCUCCAGGGGGGUCUGGAGGGCAGAGCGGGGAUGAAGGGACCCCGCAGACGCUGAGGCUCAUCCUGGUGGGAAAAUCCGGGAGCGGGAAAAGCGCCACGGGAAACAGCAUCCUCGGGAGGAGAGUGUUCGAGAUUGCAGCCCACGCUGUUACCAAAGUUUGUCAGAAAGCAUCCCGGAAAUGGAAGGGGAGAGAGCUGCUCGUUGUUGACACUCCAGGGCUCUUUGACACCAAGGAGACCCAGGACAAAACCUGCAAGGAAAUCAGCCGAUGUGUCCUCGCCUCCUGUCCUGGGCCUCACGCCAUCGUCUUGGUCCUGAGGCUGGGCCGCUACACAGAGGAAGAGCAGAAAACCGUGGCGUUGGUCAAGACUCUGUUUGGGAAAGCAGCCAUGAACUAUAUGAUCGUCUUAUUCACUCGCAGAGAUGAACUGGGGGACCAGAGCCUGAGCAACUUUUUGAAGCAUGCAGAUGUAAACCUACGAAGCCUCCUCCAGGAGUGUGGAGACCGCUGCUAUGCCAUCAGUAACAGAAACACAGAGCAGGCUGAGAAGGAAGCUCAGGUGCAGGAGCUGCUGGAGCUGAUAGACAAGAUGGUGCAGAACAACCAAGGGGCUUACUUUUCUGACCCCAUUUACAAGGACAUAGGCCAAAAGCUGAGACAGCAGGAGGAAUGCUUGAAGAAACUGAGACUUGUCUUAGUGGGUAAGACUGGGGCAGGAAAAAGUGCAACAGGAAACAGCAUCCUCAGAGAGAAAGUGUUUCAGUCUAUCCCUUCACCUGUAUCCAUCACCAAGCACUGUGAGAAAAGAAAUGGCACCUGGAGGGGGAGAGAAGUUGUCGUCGUAGACACACCUGGCCUCUUUGACACAGACAUCCCAGAUGCUGAGACUGUCAAGGAAAUUACCCGCUGCAUGGUGCUGACCUCCCCGGGGCCUCACGCUCUGCUCCUGGUCAUCCCACUGGGCCCUUACACGCUGGAAGACCAGAAAGCCACAGAGAAGAUCCUGACGAUGUUUGGAGAGAGAGCUAGGGAACACAUGAUACUCUUAUUCACCCGGAAAGAUGACUUAGGUGACAUGGAUUUCCAUGAUUACUUAAAGCAUGCUCCUACAGCCAUCCAAGAUCUGAUUCGCAAGUUCAGAGAUCGCUACUGUGUUUUCAAUAACAAUGCCACAGGAGCUGAGCAGGAGAACCAGAGGGAGGAGCUGCUGGCCCUAGUCCAGGAUGUGGUGGACAAGUGCAAUGGGAGAUACUACACGAAUAGCCUGUAUCAGAAGACCGAGGAGGAGAUUCAGAAACAAAUCCAAGUGUUUCUAGAAAAUUACAGAGCAGAGAUUGAGAAAGCAAAAGCUCAGAUAAAACAGGAGUUCGAAGAGGAAAUCAGAAAGCUGAAGGAUGAACUAGAACAGCAAAAGCGGAAGGUGCAAAUGGAAAGGCAAUUGGCAGAAAGGGAGGCUCACUGGGUUUCAAGGCAGCAAACAGCCAGAGAUGAUGUUUUGAGUCAGAAUGAGAUACUUGAAACCAUCUUUAACUUGUUACGGGUUGCUUCCUUUGUCUUCUCUCUGUUUAGGGAUUAA